AUGGUGGAGAAAAGAGGUGGCAAGGAAUUUCGUGGACCAAAAAAGAAGUUCCACUUCAAGCCCGACGAGGACGCCGCCGAGGCCGCCUUCCUCGCCUCGCACUCCAAGGCCGAGAUCGUCGACAUGCUCAGAAAGCACACCUACAACGACGAGCUCGCCCAGAGCCGCCGCAGCUUCAGCAGCGGCGGCAGCCCCCCGAGCCGAAACCUCUUCGCUGCCAGGGCGGCGGCCAAGGCCCGUGAGCAGUUAUUCGAGAAGGCGGUGACGCCGAGCGACGUCGGGAAGCUGAACCGGCUGGUGAUACCAAAACAGCACGCGGAGAAACACUUCCCUUUCCAGAACGGAAACAGUAGUAGUAAAGGAGUGUUGCUGAAUUUGGAAGAUGGGAACGGGAAAGUGUGGAGAUUCCGGUAUUCGUAUUGGAAUAGCAGCCAGAGCUAUGUGCUGACGAAGGGGUGGAGCCGGUUCGUGAAGGAGAAGGAGCUGCGGGCCGGGGAUGUGGUGAGUUUUGAGCGGUCCACGGGGCCGGAUAAGCAGCUGUACAUUGAUUGGAAAGUGAGGGGCGGUUCGAACAUGGUGAGGUUGUUUGGGGUGAAUAUAUUUGAGUGUGGUAGUGGGAAGAGGAUGAGGGAGAGGGAGAUGGAGAUUAUGGGGUUGGAUUGUGCUAAGAAACAAAGGAUUAUUAAUGUUUUGUAACAAUUAGUGUUGAAGCAAUGUGGUUGGGAAAGGGAUUGAGAUGGGGAUGUUAAUUGCAACUUGCAAUUGUACAGUAAAAUAGACAAAAAGAAAAAGGAAGACCAGCUCAACCUUUUUAGGUUUUGAUCAUAUGGGAAUACAAUUACAAACAACUGUCAUUUUUACUA